GAUAUCAGGUGUCUAUGUAGAUUUAUUAAUCGGGACCGUAGUGCCCGGAGUUCCGCGAUUCCCGUCCUUUACUGGUCAGCGUUUUCAGUGCCAUCAUGAUGUACACGAUUGCUUGGUCCAUUUGAACUGGACCGUAGUACGCGGAAAUUCGCGAUUCGCAUCCUUUAAUCGGCCACAUCAUGAUGCAUGAUGAUCAAAUACUGACUAGUACUGACGAACGUGGAGUUCUAUCAUGUUUUCUAGACUACCGUAAUUUACGUCAAGUCAGCAAGUUUCGCAAGUACUUAGCAUCAUGUCUGGUACUCUAUCUCCAGUUCUCCCAGGUCCUCGUCGCAUCGUGACUUCGCAUGAUGGCGACGGACAAGCCGUGGUUUCAGUUGACGGGACAGUUCAUUCAUCGGUGAUGAUAGAAGGCUUGAAUGGUCAUCGAACGGGCACAUUCUGGGCGUCUACUGAUGGUCUGCCAACGAAUGACAACAAUUGUUCGGAGGACGGCGGAGCCCGUCAAGUGGGUGACUUCGGAUUAUUUGCAAGUAAUACGACCAACUUCAUAUACAGUGAUCUUGGUCCCGGAGUUCGUACUCCGAUGCAUCGGACUCCCUCGAUCGACUAUAACAUCCUGAUCCACGGGGAACUCAUUUUGAUAACAGACGAUGGAAAAGAAACCCACCUCAAGAACGCAGGAGAUGUUGUGAUUCAGAAGGGGACAAAUCACGCUUGGAGAAACCCUGGGACGGAAUGGACACGGUGGGCGACCGUUCUGAUCGAUGCGAAACCAGCGGUGGUAAAUGGACAGGAGCUGGGAUUGUUUUUUGGAGAUUGACAAGUAAAUUCGAAAGAUCUGUAUCACUGAAACAUGAAACAUUCAAGGCUGAGCAUCGAUUGAGUAUUAUAAGUAGUGUCUGGUAUGCACAUACUAGCUCUCCAUGCGAGGAAGACGAUCGUUCCUCCUUUGUUGCA